AUAGCUGAUCAUAGUAUCAUGGCUUUUGGUACUGCUUCUUCGUCCUCGUCCUCACUUCCUCCCAAGAAACAUGAUGUGUUUUUGAGUUUCAGAGGCGAGGACACUCGUAGAACCUUCACCAGCCAUCUCUAUGCUGCCUUACGCCAGAGAGGAAUUCGGACCUACAUAGAUUAUAAGCUCCCAAAAGGCGAUGACAUCUCGGACGCACUGAUCCAAGCAAUUCAGGAUUCAAGUAUAGCUGUGGUGAUCUUCUCUGAGAAUUAUGCCUCCUCCAAAUGGUGUUUGAACGAACUCGUCCAGAUCCUUUGGUGUAGAGAGGUCCAAGGACAGCUUGUUGUUCCUGUCUUCUAUCAAAUUGACCCAUCUCAUAUACGCAAUUAUCAAAAGGGAAUUUACAUGGAGGCAUUUACAAAACACGAGAGAGACUUAAAGCUUAAUCAAUACCAAGUGAACAAGUGGAAACAAGCUCUUUCUAUCACUGCAAAUUUGGUUGGCUGGGAUUCUCGAACCUAUAGGUCAAUAUAUAUAGUCUCUUCACUCUUUUUUUUUUAACAGAAAAAAGGCCAUUUUAUUGAUAGCUAAAAAAAAAGUACACUCAUUAAUAUUCAAAAGCAAUAAAACUAGAGUACAAUAAAACCAGGAAAGCAAAUAAACACUUCCAGUACGACCUAGAAAAGCAAUAAAGCAAGCAAACAAAAAUCUUUACCUAAUUCCAGUCCUGCUCUGAUCCAUUCCUCAACUUCAAAGUCUUGAACGAAGCACUCGCCUUUACCCACCUGAUCAUCCACCAAAACCACACAACGAGAAGUUGGUGCUGCAAGCAGCCACCCAUUAGGCCACAACUUCCUUGCGCAAGAGGCUGCUAAUGUCCCUUCGCUCUUUAAAACUUCAUCUUUAUUGAUUAAUUUGCGCUUAGCUAGCGCAAUCAAUUAAUUCCAUAGU